AUACGCUCUGUCCCCGUCCCAACGCACCGGAGACUUCGAUUUGCCUUUGGAGCACCUUUUAGGCCGUCCGGAGGUUCAGACCCGCUCAUCCCACCUCGCACCCGGUCGCGAAGCACCGGGUUCCCAGAGCGGACGGCCGACGCUCUUCCUGGCCCCUCCUUUUGGUACCUUCCUCGGCUCCCGGCGGGGAAAGGACUUGGCGAAGGCCCAGUCCGCGGGCCGCGGCAACUCCCUACAUGCCCACCAGAUGGCGCUCCAGGCCAGGGGCCGGGCGGCCGGACAGCUCGCCUCGGGCUAGAGGCGGCGCUGGACGGAGAGCCGCAGCAAAACCCGCUUGGAGACCCAGCCACAGACUGACGUGGACCCCGGCCCAGAGACGGCACAGAUAGCCGAGGAAUCGAGGCGCUCCGCGGAAGCCAAAGAAGGCUCUGAACAGAGGCUGCCGACCCAAGGAUGGGAUUACCCGAGUUUCGGGCGGGGAGGCUUUUUCCCUUCUCCUGGGGGCCGCCCUGCCAGGCCAGCUCCCCACCCUGCGAAGCCUCAGCUGGAAACACCCACCGCCGCCUUUGGUGUGCCGGGCGGACUGGACCCUCGCGAUCCUCUCCCGUCAGGAGGCCGCCUGGCUCCCGCCUUCCAGGUCCCUCGGAAGUGGGGCUGUGGGCUUGGUUAUGUUGCGUGCCAUCGAACUGCCUUGCCCGGCGAGGCCCCCUCGACGGUGCCGGUGGGAGGAUAGGAGGUGGAGGGGGGCUCCCGCCCGGAGCUCCACCAAGUGCCUUCCUCUAGUUCACCCUCCCCCACCUCGGUCGCCUCUUCCCCUGAUCACGGGGGCGGCAAGAUAGGGCCCCCCUGGGGUGAGCCUUGCAGAGCUGCUCACCCCAGGGGUCCUGCCUCAGUAGGCCCCGGGUGCCAGAAGCCUUGGGGAGGCUUUAGGUCUUCAUUGUUCCAGUGGGAAGUGGUGGGAACUGGGGAGGGCACAGCAGGCUGAGAGUCUCUCCCCUAGGGUUUAAAAGCCACCAAGGUUCUGGGUCUGGUUUGAUGGGGGGCGGGGAGUAGGGUCAUCUUGCCAGUUUAAUUCAGAGGUGAGGUUUGGAAGCCUGAUUCCGGGGCUCCUUAGCGGCUCCUCCUCGGAGAGGGGAGAUUACCUCUUCUAUUAUUAACUAAAGGUACACAGCUAGGGAGUUCCCCGUGGUGGCUUAGCGGAAAUGAAUCUGACUAGCAUCCUUGAGGAAGCAGAUUGGAUCCCUGGCCUCGCUCAGUGGGUUAGGGAUCCAGAAUUGCUGUGGUCACAGA